AUGUUUCUAAAGCGAAUAGCAUCUUCUUUUUCAAAAAGUCAUCACUUAGUGAUACCAUAUUAUAAUAAGGGUAUAAUAGAUAUCGUAAUUGAUAGGCUAUCAAACUCCCAUUUAUAAUGGAUUAGUAGCAGACUUGGUUAAGGAUGGUUUGAAAAUCAAAGAUGUUGAUGGAUUUAUCUAUGCUUUUAAUAAUGUAAUCGCUUCAAUCAACCAUGAAGAUUUCAAAGAGUUUGCUAAUAAGACUUGUGAUUCUGAGCUGGUAAAAGGGUUUGAAACAGGAUUAAAAAGACUCCAAGAUAAUAAUUAAUUUAUUUAGCCAAUCUAUGAUCCUGAAAUUGAAGAAGAAAUUAUUAUUUCUGACAUUACUUUUUGCUUUGAAUUGAAUGAUUAAGAAAGUUACUACCUUUAAGUAUGAAAAUUAAUAAAUUAGAAACCACUUUUUAAAUUAGAAUUUUCUUAAAGCAAAUUGGAAUUUUACAAUAGCCUAAUCAAGAUACUGAAGAAUCCCCUUAAUUAGUUCAGAUUUGGUCCAAAACUUACACUUAUUUUAGAUUGCUUUAUCAAAUGUAAGACUAGUAUUAAAAUCCAAAACUUUGAUGUAUGUUCUAGAAUUAAUCAAUUAGUUACAUCCAUAUGCCUAUCAUGCAGUAAAAUUCUAAGCGAUUAAACAGGAAAGCCAAAACACAAAUAUUUUUGGGGGUGUAAUCGGGUUGAGUGUUGAUUAAAUGGUCUUAGGGUAGAAUUAUAAUUGGAGAAUAAUUAAUAUCGAUAAUUUUCUGAAAAGAUGAAUUAUUUGUUGUUUUUAGGCUUAU